AGAUAUCGUUAAAUUCCAUAAACACGUAAUAUCGUUGUAUCAACAAGCUUAUGUACUGAUAACAAACAUCUACCAACUAUUUAGUGUACCAAAACAAGUUUUAAAUAACGCUCGUUUCAAUUUCAUACAUUGUUAUUGCUUAUUUAUGAAAUCCAAAAUGGCGGCUACUAAAGCCAUAUUCAUAGUUGGCGCGAAAAGGACGCCAUUUUGCAGUUAUGGCGGACCACUACGAGAGUUGCCAGCUUCACAUGUAUUCGCAGCUGCAGCGAAGGAAGCUAUACAAUCUGCCAACUUAGAUCCUGCUUUGAUUGACAAUACAGUCGUGGGAAACGUUAAUUUUUUGAGUCAAUGUGAUGGAGGCAAGACGCCGCGUUACUGUGGUAUAUAUUCGGGGGUGCCUCUCGUGAGCCCAGCGUUGGGCGUCAGUAAGGCUUAUGGUACUGGGCUGCAAGCUAUAAUCAAUAGUGCAUUGGAUAUUAUAAUAGGAAAUUCAAAGAUCACUCUAACUGGUGGAACAGACCUCAUGUCUUCAUUACCAAUGCUAGUCAGAAAUGUACGCUUCGGAACUGCUUUAGGCACAUCCUAUAAGCUAGAAGACCAUAUACAGAAGCUGCAGCCAGAUAGUUACACUGGGAAAACCCUGCAAGCCAUGGCCGAAGAUUUAGCAAAGAGGUUUGGGGUAACAAGAAAGGAUGUCGAUGAAUUUGCUGUUCAAAGUCAUUUGAAGUGGAGAAAAGCUCAAGAUUCAAAAGCAUUUGACGAGGAGGUAGUCACGGUAACAGCAAGCAUAAAGAAAAAGCAAGUUGUUGUCACCACCGAUGAGCUCCCACAGCCGGCAAUAACGUCUGAAGAUCUCAACAAGAUACCAGCGUUGUUAGAAGAUGGAGACGUCAUCACUUCUGGAAACAGUGCAGUCCCAGCCGAUGGAGCAGCGGCGCUUAUCAUCACAGAUGAGGACUCGAUAAGGAACCACAACCUGCAACCAUUAGCCAGGAUAGCAGGCUGGUCCUGCGUAGGAGUAGACCCACUAGACGACGGUAUAGCAGGAAUUCACGCCAUCAGAAGGCUGCUAGAAGAACAGAAGUUGUCCUUGGACGACGUGGACUUAUUUGAAAUUAAUGAAAACUUCGCGUCCCAAGCGCUGAUAGCCAGUAAGGAGUUGAAACUUGACCUCAAUAAGGUUAACGUAAGCGGCGGAGCGCUGGCAAUGGGAGACCCAGUCUCCGCGACUGGCGCGAGGCUGGUAACACAUCUCGUUCAUGAACUUCGUCGACGAAAUUUGAAACGAGGAAUCGCAGCUUCAAAUUGCGGAGGUGGUCAAGGAAUAGCUGUAUUGUUGGAGAAAAUGUAAAGCUACAAUUAAAAGAUUACAUAAAUGUACAAAUUACAUCACCAAACGACGGGUCUGAAUGGACGGAAGGGAGUUUAGUACUGUUUUGUAGUACCUUUGUGAAUAAUGUAAUAAUACGUCGAUAAUGUAUGACUUUCUAUACUGAAAAUAAUGUGUUAAUCGCUGACUUACUUACGCUUCAUGAGGACGGCAAUAUUAGAAUAUAAAAAUGUAAAACAAAAAUAUGUUUCAAUAAUAU